AUGUUCUACAAAGUUGUUCCCCGGAUCAAAACCUCGAAGGAGUUGCAACCUCGCAACUUCGAUGUUGUGGCACUGCAGGAGGUGUGCUUGGAGGAGGAGCAGGUGCUCGACUGGCCAGGUCGGCAGACCAAUUCCCGUUUUUAUCUGAGCGGCGGCAAGGACAAGAAGCUGGGUACCGGCUUUAUCGUGCGGGGCAAGAUGCAGGAUCGCGUGUUCGGCUUCACGGCGAUCAGCGAGCGGAUGUGUAAGUUGAGGAUAAGAGGCCGUUUCUUCAACUACAGCAUCAUCAACGUGCACUGCCCCCACGAAGAAAAGACCGAUGAUGAGAAGGAAGCAUUCUACGCGACGCUGGAGGAGGUGUACGACGGCUGUCCGCGGCAGGAUGUAAAGAUCAUCAUUGGGGACAUGAACGCUCGGUUCGUGUGGUGCAUUGGAACCAAGAUCAACAAACACACCUAUACGAUAUCAUCUUGCGUCAAAUUCUGCGGGGCGGAGCCCCUCCGUAUGCUUUGA